AAUGGAGAUUUGUCCAAGACCGUAGCUUACACGUCUUGUCAGAUCACACUUUUAACAGGAAAAAAGUAAUAUAAUUGCCUCUCACAAAAUUUAAGAUUAUCUAGUGGGUUUGUUCUUUUAGGGAUCUAUUGGUCGUUUGAGAGGGUGGAGAAGAGAUAUGGGGAGGUUAUUUGUGGUGAACCUUGAAGGAAAGAUCUAUAGUUGCAAGCACUGCAAAACCCAUCUUGCUCUUUUUGAGGAUAUUGUUUCAAAGUCUUUCCACUGCAGGCAUGGGAAAGCUUAUCUCUUCAGUAAGGUAGUGAACGUCUCUGUUGGCGAGAGUGAAGAUAGAAUGAUGAUGACCGGGCUGCACACAGUUGCUGAUAUUUUCUGUGUGGGUUGUGGAUCGAUAGUGGGGUGGAAAUAUGAAACUGCUCAUGAGAAGAGCCAGAAGUACAAGGAAGGAAAGUCUGUCCUUGAGCGGUUUAAGGUUUCUGGUCCAGAUGGAAGCAAUUACUGGGUCAGUCAUGAAGCACAUAUUGGUGGAAGUGAUGCAGAAGAUGUUUGAUUACUCCUUCAAAUUCCAACUGUACAUUCUUUAACCAUCAAGUUUCGGAUUUGACUUCUGAAUUCUUAACUGGUUAUUCUUCAAUUUGGCACUUUGCUAAUGGCACUGUGAAGAACCUCAUUGAAAACACUGGAUUGUUUAUUCCAAUUAAGUUGAUGUUCAAACUUCUGUGAACAUGUCUUCAAUUCAAUAUCAAUUACUGUUUAAA